AGUACUCUAAACUUACUUCCUAUCUCUCUCUAGACCUUUUCUCUUUCUAUAUCUUGCAACAUAUACAUACAUCGAUACAUACACAAAAUAAUUAAAACAAACCUACGUAAUCUGGAAUUCCCCUGAAUUUGAUCCUCCAACUCGAUUUUCGAAUCCCUAAUCUCACACUGAAGCUCCUGUCUCCGGUACUCGAAUCUUCUAUUUUUCUCCUUCUUCCCCGAAUUCUUCGCUCCCCAGUUCGUGAUUUAAGUUACCCCUGUGAAAAACCCUAGCUUUUUGCUUUCUUGCUCCUUUGAACCCUAGUUUAAAUCUUCAACUCCUAGAGCGUCGCAAUCGGAACUCAUUGUGCGUAGGGUUUCGGUUAAUUUUAGGAUUUCUGUCUUUGUUUAUCAGAUUGGCCAGCACAUAUUUCGUUGCUGUUCGAUGCUGGUGGCAGCAUGCAGAUGAUUGUUGGAAGAGAUGCAAAGGUAUCAUGCUGGCAGCUGCACUAGUGCAGUCAAUAACAGUGCAAUCACUGGGAUACAAGCAAGGGAUACAUCCCGUGCUGACCCAUCUGCUGUGUCUCCAAACUUCUCAUUGAAUUCAAGACGGUCUUCACAGCUGACACCAUACAAAUUGAGGUGUGAUAAGGAACCGCUGAAUGCCCGACUUGGGCCACCUGACUUCCACCCGCAGACUCCAACUUGCCCUGAGGAGACACUCACCCGGGAUUAUGUGCAAUCUGGUUACAGAGAGACUGUUGAAGGACUUGAGGAAGCUCGAGAGGUUUCGUUAUCACAGGUUCAGGCUUUCACAAAGCCCAUAAUUGUCAAGUGCAAAGAGGCAAUCAGAAAAUGUCAUAGAGCUAUAAAUGAGUCCCGUGCCCAAAAACGGAAGGCGGGCCAAGUUUAUGAAGUGCCACUUUCUGGUGCGCUAUUGGCCAAGCCUGGUAUAUUCCCUGAGCAAAGACCAUGUGGAGAAGACUUCAGGAAGAAAUGGAUUGAGGGUUUAUCCCAACCGCAUAAGAGAUUGAGAUCAUUGGCCGACCAUGUACCUCAUGGUUAUAGGAGGAGAUCUCUUUUUGAAGUUCUAAUUAGAAAUAAUGUUCCGUUGUUAAGAGCAACGUGGUUCAUCAAAGUAACUUAUCUUAAUCAGGUUCGUGCGACUUCUUCUAAUUCAUCAUCUGGGUUUCAUGAUAAAACUCAAUUUUCACGUUCAGAACAGUGGACGAAAGAUGUUAUUGAGUACUUGCAAUAUCUGUUGGAUGAAUUUAUCGCAAGAAACCAUUCUCAUUCGACCUUGCACAUGCGAGAUCGGUCGUCACAAAUGGUUUUUGCUGGUUCAGUGCAGCAAAAAAGCGAUUCAUUUUCAGCUCUCAUGGAUGGAGACGAGCCUUCCCUUUACACUAAAUGGUGGUAUGUGGUGAGGAUAAUUCACUGGCAUCAUGCUGAGGGACUGGUUAUUCCUUCUCUCAUUAUUGAUUGGGUUCUUAAUCAGCUCCAGGAAAAAGAAUUGCGCAGUGUUCUUCAGUUGCUAUUGCCCAUUAUAUAUGGUGUCCUAGACACUGUGGUUUCAUCUCAGACGUAUGUGCGUACUCUGGCUGGGAUAGCUGUUCGAUUCAUUCGAGAGCCAUCUCCUGGUGGUUCUGAUCUUGUUGAUAAUUCUCGGCUUGCAUACACUACCGCUGCUGUUGUUGAGAUGCUUCGGUAUUUGAUACUAGCUGUACCUGAUACUUUUGUGGCUUCGGACUGUUUUCCUUUGCCACAUUGUGUAAUAAGUCAUGUGGUAAAUGAUGGAAGCUUCUUAUCCAAAAUGGCUGAGGAUGCUAGGAAGGUGAAGUGUGGACAAAUCGAAGUUGUUGGUGUACCUAGAGAUAGAAAUCAUGAUAUUCAAGCCGAGUCCAUAUCCUUUCAAAGUGUUGUGUCAUCCAUUCAAAAACGUGCAGAGACUCUUUCAAGAGCAGCCAGGCCUAAUCACCCGAGUCAUAAUGUAGCUAAAGCCUUGCAGGUGUUGGACCAAGCUCUCAUGCAUGGAGAUAUUGGACUUUCAUACAACUUGCUCUUAGAAAAUAGUUGGGAUGGAGUGUGUGCUGAACGUUGGAGUGCUGAAGUUAGCCCCUGUUUACUCACAUCGCUUAAGCAUAUUGGUACAGUGACAUCAUCAUUACUUUGUUCGAUCUUUUUCAUUUGUGAGUGGGCAACUUGUGAUUUUAGGGAUUUUCGUACUGCCCCUCCUCAUGGUCUGAAGUUCACUGGUCGAAAAGAUUUCUCUCAGAUAUUUAUAGCAGUACGACUUCUAAAACUGAAGGCGAGCAAUAUACUAAACUUUUACACUUCAAACCAGAAAAAGAAAAAUAUUUCAGAUAUUUUUGAAAGCCCGAGCCCCUUACAUGAUGUUAUUGUAUGUUGGAUUGACCAACAUGAAGUACAUAAUGGGGAAGGUUUCAAACGAUUGCAGCUUCUAAUAAGAGAAUUUAUUCGAUCUGGAAUUUUCAAUCCCCUGGCAUAUGGGAGACAGCUGAUUGUAAGUGGAAUCAUGGAUGCGAAUGGGACCAUGAUUGACUUGGAAAAGCGAAAGAGACAUUACAAGCUCUUGAAGCAGUUGCCGGCUCCCUAUAUUCGUGAUGCUCUAGAAGAAGCCCAGCUUGCUGAACCACCAAUUCUCGGGGAGGCAAUGCAUGUUUACUUAACUGAGCGCCGUUUGGUACUUCAUGGGCUACACAGUAAAUCUGCUCCUGGUGUAAAAAGUGCCUCUAAGAAACAAAGGUAUCAUCAUAGGUCUGGAAGUGAAAGUGCUUCUCCGUCUUCUGUUGAUCAGUGGUACUUUCAAGCAACAUCAAAUUUAUCUACGACAGAUGAUGACGCAGAUAUCAAGCUUGAAGAAUUAAAAGCUUCAAUCGUUGUGUUAUUGCAACUUCCCCACCCAUCAUCGUCGAUAGACGCAGGAGUUGAUGAAUCUCAAGGGAGCAUUAAGAGGCCUGGUGGGGCCUAUAACAGAACAGAUGGCAAUGAAGAAACAUCUGGAUGUGAAGAAUGCAGAAGGGUGAAAAGACAAAAAUUAAGUGAAGAACGAAGCUCAUUGUUACAGUUAAAUCCAGCAGAUGACGAAGAGAUAUGGUGGGUAAGAAAAGGGCUGAAAUAUAUGGAUUCUUUUAAAGCAGACCCUCCUCCUAAGCCUGCCAAGCAGACCUCAAGGGGUAGGCAGAAACCCGUUCGCAAAACUCAAAGUCUUGCACAAUUGGCUGCUGCCCGAAUUGAAGGUAGUCAGGGUGCAUCAACAAGCCAUGUAUGUGAAAGUAGGGUAGGUUGCCCACACCACAGAACUGGUUCUGAUGAUAUCACAAAAUUGGUAGAUGGGACCAGAAAACCAGCCUCUGGAGAUAUCAUUUCAAUUGGAAAACUUUUGAAGCAGAUGCGAUUUGCAGAGAAGAGGACGUUGAUUGUAUGGAUGAUAUCUUUUGUAAAGCAGCUUAUUGAAGAGGCUGAAAAGACUACACCCAAGGUUGGUCAAUAUGGUAGGCCAUACCCCAUUGUGGAUGAUCGAAGAUCCUCACGCUGGAGGCUUGGUGAAGAUGAAUUGUCAGCAAUUUUGUAUAUGAUGGAUGUUUGUAAUGAAUUUGUCUCUGCAAUAAGGUUUCUUCUUUGGUUGUUGCCAAAAAUUCCUAGCAAUCCGGGUUCUGCCGUUCCCAGCCGGAAUAUGAUGAUACUUCCUAGGUUUGCAGAGAACAAUGUCUGUGAUGUAGGGGAGGCAUAUCUUUUAUCAUCAAUUCGCAGUUAUGAGAAUAUAAUUAUUGCAGCUGAUCUUAUUCCUGAAGUGUUGUCUGCCACAAUGCGUCGUGCUGCCAUGUUCUUGGCAUCUAAGGGCCGGCUCUCUGGUUCACCUGCCUUAGUUUAUGCUCGGCACCUCCUGAAGAAGUAUAGCAAUGUACCUAGUGUUGUUGAAUGGGAAAAGACAUUCAAGUCUGCUUGUGAUAAGAGACUUAGUGCUGAAAUUGAAUCUGGUAGAUGUUUAGAAGGGGACUUUGGAUUUACCCUUGGUGUCCCAAAUGGAGUGGAAGAUCUGGAUGAUUAUUUCCGUCAAAAGAUAAAUGGUGUCCGAGUAUCGAGAGUUGGUUUGAGCAUGAAAGAAAUAGUGCACAGACAUGUAGAUGAAGCUUUUCAGUAUUUCUACAACAAAGAUAGAAAGUCUUAUGGACCUGGAACAAAUAAAAGUCUUAGCAUGGAGAAGUUGGAUGAUGGCUAUCAGAUAGCUCAUCAAAUAGUGAUGGGAUUGAUGGAUUGCAUGAGACAAACUGGCGGUGCUGCUCAAGAAGGUGAUCCUUCGUUGGUGUCUUCUGCCAUUGCUGCAAUUGUUAAUAGCGUCGGACAUGUGAUUGCCAGAAUUCCUGAUUUAACUGCUGGCAUUAAUCACUUAAAUGUCUCUUCCCCUUCUGGGUCAUUGCAUUUUGCUCGGUGCAUUUUACGCAUUCAUAUCACUUGCCUCUGUAUAUUGAAGGAAGCACUUGGAGAGCGUCAAAGCCGGGUCUUUGAGGUUGCUCUUGCAACGGAAGCUUCCUCUGCUCUCAUGCAAACUUCUGCCCCUGGUAAGGCCCCUCGCAGUCCUUUUCAGAUGUCACCUGAAUCCCAUGAUUUUAAUGCAAAUUUACCUAAUGAAACUUUAAACCAUCAUAAAGUUAUAGGGAGAGGUGCAAGAAUAACAGCUGCUGUUUCUGCACUUGUCAUUGGGGCAAUUCUCCAGGGAGUUGCUAGCCUGGACAGAAUGGUUGCCCUAUUUAGAUUAAAGGAAGGGCUGGAUCUAAUUCAGUUUGCAAGGAGCCUGAAAUCGAAUGUGAAUGGUAGUGCACGCUCGAUGGGGGUUUUAAAAGUGGAUAAUUUGAUUGAAGUGUCUGUGAACUGGUUUAGGGUGCUCGUAGGGAACUGCAGAACGGUUUCUGAUGGGUUCAUCGUGGAGCUCUUAGGGGAAGCCUCAAUUGUAGCACUCCAUAGAAUGCAGCGGAUGUUAUCUGCAAACUUGGUCUUUUCACCAGCCUAUUCUAUAUUUGCAUUUGUGAUAUGGAAGCCCAUUCUUGAUGCUAGCAUUGUAGUACGUGAAGAUUUCCAUCAAUUGUACCAAUUGCUGACAGUCGCGAUAGGUGAUGCCAUAAGGCACCUGCCUUUUCGUGAGAUUUGUUUCCGGGACACUCGUUGCUUAUAUGAUCUCAUAGCUGUAGACACCCUUGAUUCUGAAUUUGUAUCUUUGCUGGAAUCUAAUGGUUCAGAAAGCAACUUUAAAGCUGCUUCCUUUGUCCCUCUCCGUUCUAGGCUUUUUCUGGACGCCCUCAUUGAUUGUAAAAUGCCAGAAAUCAAACUGGAUGGCAUUAAUCGGAUCUCUGGUCAAGUUGAAUUGAAAAAACAGUGUGGAGAAAAUGUGAAAAAGCUUAUCGGUAAGCUCAUACAUGUUUUGGAUACCCUGCAACCUGCAAAAUUUCACUGGCAGUGGGUUGAGCUCAGGCUUCUCCUAAACGAGCAGGCUGUUAAUGAAAAGAUGAUGGAGAAUGAUAUCUCCUUGACUGACGCUAUAAGAUCUAUAUCUCCUCAUUCUGAUAAAAGUACUGCCUCUGAGAACGAGAGCAACUUUGUUCAAAUUAUACUCACCAGGUUAUUGGUCAGGCCUGAUGCGGCUCCCUUAUUCUCUGAAGCUGUACAUUUAUUGGGGAAGUCGCUUGAGGAUUCAAUGCUAUCACAAGCAAAAUGGUUACUGAGAGGCGCAGAAGUUCUUUAUGGUAAGAAAUCAAUUAGGCAGAAGGUUAUGAAUAUUGCUGCAGAGCUUAAAGAGCUCUCUCUGAAGCCCCAAUACUGGAGGCCAUGGGGAUGGUGUCAUGCUGACCCCAAUCCAGCGACGAAGAAAGGAGACAAAUGGAAAUCUGAAGCUGGUGUCCUUGAAGAAGGAGAAGUUGUUGAGGAAGGCGCCAUCCCUAUCCAGUUUGGAAAAGGAUACGGACCUUCUGAUGUUGAGGGCUUCAUUGUCAGUCAGCAGCAUCUGACUGAGAGAGCUCUUAUUGAACUGAUCCUUCCAUGUGUGGAUCAAGGUUCUGAUGACUUGCGUAAUAAUUUUGCAAGUGAAAUGAUCAAGCAGAUGAGCAACAUUGAGCAACAAAUAAAUGCAAUUACUCGUGGAGUUGGCAAGAUUUCUGUGACCUCAACUCCUGCAAUUGGAAGUCCUGCCAAUAAAAGUGGCAGCCGGAAGAGUGGGAAAACUGGUAGUCCUGGGAUAUCCAGACAAUCAACUGGGUCAGCUGAUACAGUACCACCUUCUCCAGCAGCGUUGCGAGCCUCCAUGACUUUGCGAUUGCAAUUCCUGCUCAGGUUACUUCCUAUUAUUUGUGCAGACAGGGAGCCUUCUGGCCGUAAUAUGAAGCACGCUCUUGCAUCCGUGAUUUUACGUCUCCUUGGAAGCAGGGUUGUGCAUGAAGAUUCCUGUCAUUUUGUUAAUACUGCAUUUGUUUCAUCAAAGAGAGAUGUUGAGUCUCCUAUGGAGGCUUCUAGUGCUGCUACACUUUUAAGCGGGGAAAGUCUAUUUGAUUGUUUAUUGUUAGUUCUGCAUGUGUUGCUCAGCAGCUACCAGCCAAGUUGGUUGAAAAUGAAAUCGGAAUCAAAGCCCAACGAGAGCAACAAGGACUAUGCUGUUUUUGACCGUGAAUUAGCAGAAAGCCUGCAGAAUGACUUGGACCGUAUGCAAUUGCCCGAGACAAUCCGGUGGCGCAUUCAAACUGCAAUGCCGAUUCUUAUUCCAUCUGUUCGGUGUUCAGUCUCUUGCCAGCCUCCGUCAGUAUCACCUACUGCCCUUGCUUGUCUACAUCCCAGCAAUCCAGUAGCUUUGUUAAACCCUAGCAACUCCAACCCGCCUCAGAAGAACCCAGUCUUGCCUGGACGUGCUGCCACAAGUGUGAAAACCAAGUCACAUAUGUCGCAGCAGGAGCUUGACUCAGAGAUUGACCAAUGGACCCUUUUGGAAGAUGGAGCGGGAUCAGGCCAGCUAUCACCCAACUCUGCUGGCAUCGGUGGCAGCGAUCAUGCUAAUUUGAAGGCCUCCAACUUUCUCAAGGGUGCAGUGAGAGUGAGGAGGACAGACCUUACAUAUAUCGGGGCAGUAGACGAGGAUAGCUGAUUUGACUACCGCCUAAAUUGAUGAAUUGUUUCUCAAACGAGUUGCCCCCUGCAAGAAAUCUCUCGUGGUUCUUGCACAUCUUCAGUUGUUUUGACUUCCUCAUCGAGGGAUUGGGGGGUGAUCUAUUGUUGCAUUUGCGGCCAAGGAGGCUGCUCUUAGGCGCAUUCUUUACAGGGGGGCCCUAGGGGUUUGAACAGAAUCUGGAGACAAGCCUUUACUUGGCUUUCACCUGGUAUGUGAUCUGGAGGCCCUGCUCAUUACUAACCCUUUCGUCAUUCUGGAUGGUGCAAUUCAUAGUUGUUGUAUAUAUAGAGAUAUGUUUUUCUUUUUGUUCUUCUGUUUUCGUUUAUUUGAAUCAAUGAGUUGAAUGUAUCAGAAAUGGUCUGUAGCUUCUUCUAGGCUCAGCAAUAUUUUGUUACAAAUUAUCUAAUUAUGAUAUGUGGCAUUUUUGGUCCACCUUAUAA